AUGGCAGUAAUGACAUCACCCACCUUCGAUAAGUCUACCCUUGAUCUCAAGGCAGACGCGCUUGCGCCGGCGGACGCAAUGGCAAUCGACACGGAGCCUAAUGGGCAUUUUUCUAAUUGCUUCAGCGUCCACGAUGAUCUCUUCGAUGAGCCCGUCAAUGGCACCGACGCCAACGCGACCGAGGAAUCGAAACCUACCACCAACGGCAACCACACAGCUUCAGACGUACCAGCGCCUGCCGUAGAACCUGCCGUUCAGCCCGUUACAGAUGUCUCCAGUAGCAUCGAUGACAACAACUCGCUGUUUGGUGACGAUCUUGCGCAAUCGGUAACAGAGGCCACCGAAGCGCCAAUCUCAGACGUUCGCGACGAGCCUGCACCAGCACCACCAGCAAAUCCCGCGCCAGUCGAGACACAGAUCGCAACUUCAAUCGAACCAGCUUCUGCAGACGCAAUGGACACCACCGCCGAUGCGCCUGAAGACUCGAAGUCUGCGCCGCCCACCAAGCCGAUGAAGGAGCUUUCCAUCCAACCAGAGUCAACAACACCUGCGAAAGAUGCGCCGCAGUCUGGAAAGAGCAGCGGGCCAGAAGCGAAGCGCACCAAGACUGAGGAGGCAUCGAGCUCGCAGCUGGUACAGACAAACGGUUCCAGCACACUACGAGGCGACGGUACAGCUACACCUAGGGGCAUAGCUACAGUGAUCUCGUCGGAACCGUCAGGUGUCCAUCGUGCGGCCGACUACGAGGCAUGGCCGACCACACCCAUGACCCAGGCGCAGAACAAAUUCUUGCUCGAGCGUAUAAGAAACACGAAAAAGAUUAAGGUCUCGUUGGCAUUCAAGGAUCCUGUGGACCACAUUGCGCUCAACAUCCCCACUUACCCUACCAUCGUAACGAAACCGAUGGAUUUGUCGACAAUGGAGAGCAAACUGAAGGAGAACAAGUAUACUUACAUUAAGAACUUUAUGGAAGACCUCGACCAGAUGAUCGAAAACAGCGAGUUGUUCAACAACAAGCAGCACCCAGUCACGCAGGCUGGCUACAACCUACGAGCAUACUUCCUUAAGGGUAUGAGCAAGAUGCCAAGGGGAGCAGUAGACGAGCCGCAGAAACCGGCCAAGGCCAAGAAGCCAUCAGUGAGCAUGGCGCCAAAGGCAGCAAGACGCGAGUCGAGGCCGGCACCACCUACCGUGAAGUCACCGGCUGCAGCUGCGGCAGCAUCUCCUCCAGCCGCAUGGCCUCUAGGACAGGAUGGCAUGCCUUUGAUCAGGCGCGACUCCACUAGUGCAAAUGAUCGGCCUAAGCGAGAGAUCCAUCGGCCUUCGAAGGAUUUGCCGUAUGCGAACGCCAAGCCUCGCAAGAAGAAGUACCAGCAGGAGCUGAAGUUUUGCGAGAGCAUCCUGACUGAGAUUAUGAAGCCGAAGUACCAACCCAUCACAUACCCCUUCGUGGUACCCGUGGAUCCUGUUGCUCUGAACAUUCCGUCGUACCUCAAGAUCAUCAAGAAGCCAAUGGACUUCGGAACGAUCGAGAAGAAUUUCAAGAACGGCGUGUACCAGAGCGCGAAGGACUUCCACGCUGACUGCAUGCUUGUAUUCCAGAACUGCUACAAGUUCAACCCUGAAGGUGACGCGGUGAACGCGAUGGGCCACCAGAUGGAGGACUUGUUCAACAGUCUCUGGAAAGAGAAAGCCGACUGGCUGGCACAGCAUGCACCUGCUCCUGAACAGUCUCCCGAAGUCUACUCCGACGAGGAAGACGAGGAGGAGGAUGAGGAGGAUGAGGAGGUCGAUGCUGCGCAAGCACAGUUCCUUGCCAUCCAGCAACAGAUCGCAGCUCUCAACGAGACAGCGCAACAGUUGCUUAAUGCUCAGAAGGGCGGCAAGCGUGCAUCGCCAAAGGCGCCGAACAAGAAGAAGGCUAAGGCGCCGGCACCAGUGAAGAAGAAGACCGUUCCUCUUGCGGUGCCACCACCAGUGAAGGCCGGUAAGCCAAAGGCGAAGGUCAAGCCACCACAACCUUUGAGCUUCGCCCAGAAGCAGGACAUCUCCGAGGGUAUCAGCACUCUUGGUGACGCUGAUAUGAGGAAGGCGGUCCAGAUCAUCAGGAAUGGCUGCCCACACCUCGCUAACGUGCAUGAUGACGAGAUGGAACUCGACAUGGACGAGAUCAAUGACGAGACUCUGCGCGAGCUGCUCAAGUUUAUCAAGUCGCUCCGUGGCCCUAAGGGAGGCGCGUCGGUCGCUGAUGAUGACUUCGAGCCGCCACGGCCGGUGCACAAGCAGACCACCGCCAGCAGGCCGAAGAAGAACAAGCCCAUGGGCAAGACUGAGCAAGAGGACAACAUGCGCAAGAUCCAAGAGAAGCUGCAGUCGUUCCAGGGCGGCGCUUCGGGUAGCAGCCAGUCUCCACCUGGUAUGUUGUUAGUGCGUGAUCUUGAUGAUGCAGUACUGACCGAUGCAGCCCAUGAAGAGGAGAGCAGCGACGAUGACAGCGGCUCCGAGAGCGAAGAGGAGUAG